AUGUUUACUUGUUCAUAUAACUAUUGUGAGAGAACUUUUUCAGGCUGUGCAGCUCUCUGUGAACAUACAAAAUCACAUAAAAGCCAUGCCUAUUGGAAAACAUUAAAUAGUAUUUCAAACAUUUCUUAUAAAAUAUUGAAGUUGAAAAACGAAGAUAAUUUUGAUAUAAAUGAUGAUGUAUAUGAAGAAAGUGUUGAUAUAUAUGAAGAUGAUGAUAUACGUGAAGAAAAAGAUAAUAAUAUAUAUAAAGAAAAUAAUAUACGUGAAAAUGAUGAUAAUUAUAUAUAUGAAAAAGAUAAUAUAUGCAAAAAGGAUGAUGAUAUAUACGAAGAUGAUAAUAUGCAUGAAGGCGAUAAUAAUGUAUAUGAAGAAGAUAAUAUAUGCGAAGGUGAUGAUGAUGUAUGCGAAGAAGACAAUGUUAUGUAUGAUGGAAGCAAUAUAGAUAAUAAUGAUACAGAUGAUGUUGAAGAUAUUGAAACAUCUGAAGCUAGAAAUCAUAAUUAUAAUUUAUGUUUUCCGGAACAAAUGGAACAAAUAACUUUAAUUGAUACUAGAACCAAUUUAUCUCAAAGUCUUCCAUCCUUUCCAGAUACUGCAUAUAUUGAGUUUAUGGAGCUUGUAUCAAUACAUCAUCUUUCAGAUUCGGCUGGAAAUGAUGUGUUAAAGUGGUUUAACAAGCAUUAUCUUCGAAAAGAUAUUGUUUUACCAAAAAAUACAAUGGAAGGGCGUGAUUUUAUCAACUCUAUGAAUAUUGAACAUUUGAUAUAUCUUAAAACAAAAGUCUUAGAAUAUGAAGAUGAAAAAUAUUAUCUUCACCAUCGUGGUAUUAAAGGCAAUUUUACGUUGUCUAACCUUAACAGCUUCAUUGAUACAUAUAAAAUUUCACAUCAUUUAGCUUUAGAAGCUGAAUUAGCAUUUGAUAUGCUAAUUGAUUCAUUAAACGAGUAUUUGAUUGUAUUGAAGACAUUACAGAUGAAGAUGUUAAAGAAACUCUUAUUAAAUG